GCGUCGCCGCUUCUGACAGUCAUUUUGGAGUCGUUUUUCCGGCGUUAAAAAUACUAACAUAAAAACAUUCAUGAUAUUUGAAAGUUUUUUUGAGUUUAUUUUAAAAAAUUUGUUACUUAUUAGCAAUUGGUUGCCUCCAAGGUAGUGAAUAUUUGAAAUAAUGGUUGAGUAAUAAUUCUGACAGACGUCAUUCAACUCCCGUGCGUGUCGAGUGUAAUACAUUACGUAACAAAUUAUUUCAUGCCGCCCAGUCGAAAAUAAAAAUAUACCAUGUUUUGUGCAGUGUUCCGAUUUUUUGUGGUGGACCCAUGAAAAAGGGAUGAUUUAUCCCUCAUUUUGUGAAAGUCCCAAAUGACCCGAAUUUUGUGAAGGAAAGAAAGUAUGACAGCUUUGCUCGGCAUGGAUACCGCCAACUGGGAUCCGCUAUCAAAAUUGCUGAAUUCGCUGGUAGAAAAUAAAUCGGAACUUCCGAGUUGCACAGACGAAGAAUUUGGAUUUCUUAGCGAACUUUUACAAUCGAAGGAACUGAAUGCGUUGGUUAAGGUUCACAACAAGGUCCUGGUCAACAUUAAAGAUGACAAAUUUUUUCCUAUUCUCUCGAACGCAAUGGACGUUGAUGUCGACGUUCUGCAAGUACUCUCGACGAAGGCACAUACUUCCGAGGAGUGUAGAGAACUCUUUCAACUCCUGCAAAAACCUCACAUUCAGGGUCUUCUUUGCGCUCAUGAUGCCGUUGCGCAAAAAGAUUACUACCCAAGGCUACCGGAAAUACCACUGGAAGUCGACGAAGACGAGGAAACGGUGAAAAUUGUGCAGCUAGUCAAAUCCAAUGAACCCCUGGUACGUCAAUUCCAUCAGUUGAUGCUUAGGAAAAUGUGUUGCGCUAUUUCCGUGGAAAAGCGUGCUUAUCAAUUAAUUAUCUAAUUAACUCAAAUUCACGAACGAUUAGCCUGUGUGGAGUGGUACUUAUACUUAAGAUUUAGCAGAAUUUUCAUUUUAUUUUACUGUGUCACUUGAACUUGCAUGUGAAAUAUCAAGUGGCCUUAAGCACCAUUUUGUCAUGUAGACAUGUUUAGUGUAAAAAUUUUCCCGUCUAGUCCAGGGCUAGUCAUAUACUAUCUAUAAUGGAGUAAACCCCUUUACAAACAGAAACUCAAAAUCAAAUAGCUUUACAGUCUCUGAAAAGGAGAGUGUCAGGCAUUGUCUUUUUUGUGUGGAUUCACAAUUUUGGCCAGUUUCGAGAAAAACGACUUUAAAGUUUUCAGCGCCAUUCUUAUGGACUAGAAAAAUAUAUCUUCCAACUGGUCGAGUACAGACUGGAAGAAUUUACUGCUCCCUGUUCAAAGCCCUCUUUGAGCACGUAUUUCAGAUCUAAUGUGCUGUCUCGAAUAUAAAUAUUUUAUUCCCGUGCAUACCAUAAAAUUUUUAUGAGAUGUUUCGGAAACUCCUUCUUUAUUAAUAUAAAGAACAGAUCACCCAGUUAAACAGGAUAGAAACCUUUUUUUCGAGAUCGAUCAGACAAGCUCCAAACAAAUCGCUUGUCGUUCGAAGUCCGACAGACAUCGGACACUUUAAUAAUCGCGUGUAUUCUCGAGUGCUUGUACCUAAAAACAAAUUCUGCAUCAGGGAUUAUGUCAUUUUCAUAGCGAUGCCUUUGAA